UUACCCUCAUUAGCCAAUAUACAUCUAAACUCUAAAGUCAUGUGUGCUUUGGUAAUUUGCACUCAUUCUUCCAUAUGGGCAUAUUUGAGUAAAACUUACUACAAACUCCUCCCUGCCUCAUCACAUGCACUCAUUCCAUACCAUCUUUUCAAGAACAAAGACAAAUUCCUUCUUGGAUUUGAGAUCUCUCUCUUCUUCUUCUCCUCCUUCUCUCUCUCUUUCUCUCUCACACACUCACACAGUAACACGCACAACCAUUUUUUUUUUUUUUUCUGGUUCUGCAGUAUCCUUCACUGGAUAUGAUAUGACCUGGUACUGUCCUGCAAAACCAAAACCAAAACCAACCGUUGGAUAUUCACGAGUCCAUCAUCUUUCUUGUCAAUUAUCUCAUCUGGGCUAUCUUCUUCUUCGCUGUUGAUGCUCUGUUUUCCUCUGUUUUUCUGCUCCUGCAUUAUUCAUUCAUGGCUGCAACUUCCACAACAAUUCAAGACUUCAACAAGAAUUUCGGCAAUGAAGUUAUGAACAGGCAGGAGAUUCAGGCGGCUUUAGCCAAAGCGGUGGAGCUCAGAGCUCUUCAUGCCACCUUGAUGCAGCAAGGUAGCAGCCCAGCUAGUGCUCACCAUAACAAGCUCUCCUCUGCUUCCCCUGUUUCCCACAAUGUUUCUCACCUCUCUGCACAAGAUUACCCUGUUUUUACACCAAGUUAUGAAGAAGAACCAUUACCAGGUUAUCAGCAAAUCCGGCUACAAAAUCGAAAUUAUGCCGAAAGUUGGGAUGAAUGUGGCCCGGAUGGAGAUGGUGAUGAUUGCAAUCUGUCUAGUUACAACAAUGCGAAUGCGAAUUUGCCUUCAAUGAAGGGAUAUCCCGGCGAUUUCAUGAACGUUGGAACGCGGGUAUGCCCGAAUGAUGAUCAAAGAUCCAUCUCAAACUCGAGUGCGAAUAAUAUUAAUCUCCAUAGAGUAUCACCUGGAGCUGAUUUCUGCAAGUCCAGAAGGAACAGUUUAGGUGACCUCAAAUCAGUGUCAUCCUGCAAUAAUUGCAGGCCGGCGAAAAUUCGCAGUGAGGAUGAUUUUGCAGCCAAGAGCACGAAGAGCAGUAAUUUCGUCGUCCCAUUGACUGAUACUCAUUCUUCUGUUCAUUCACAGCCUAAGAAUCGAGGAUUGAACUUGUUACGGUUGUUUCCCAGUCUAAAGAAGAAGAACAAGAACAAGAACUCGCCAAAUCGAUCAGAACCUGAGGAAGUGUCACAAAUUUUGAAAGAUUUUGGGUUGAUGUCGAUUGAGACAAUGAAGAAGGAGCUGAUGGAGGCGAAUGAGAGAAGAGACAAAGCCUUAUCAGAAGUUUCUGAGAUGAGAUCUUCAAUAGGGGAGCUGAAUCAGAAAUUGGAGCACCUGGAGAAUUAUUGUGAAGAACUGAAGAAGGCCUUAAGACAAGCCGCGCAAACAAAAAGCUCUCAGGUUGUUGAGAAACUCGGAAAUCUUUCGAAGCAAGGGAAAUCAAGUGAUGGGAAUGGCGAAAACAGGAUGCCUGUUAGUGAGGAAACUAUGGUUGAGGGAUUUCUACAGAUAGUAUCGGAAGCAAGGUUGUCGGUAAAGCAGUUUUGCAAGAUUCUUUUGGCGCAGAUUGAAGAGAAUGAUGACAGUUUAAGGGAUAACCUGAACAUGCUCCUUCAACCUUACAAUCUCUCCUUGAAUUCAAAGUACACAAGACCAAUUUUAUACCACUUGGAAGCUACAAUUAACGACGCCCUCUUUCAGGAUUUCGAAAACUGUGUGUUUCAGAAGAAUGGCUCCCCAAAGUUCUUGGAUCCUCAUCAAGAAUGUGUCGCGCAGUUCUCAUCUUUCGUCGCGCUAAGGAAUCUAAGCUGGAAUGAAGUGUUGAGAAAAGGAACAAAAUACUACAGCGAAGACUUCAGUAAGUUUUGCGAUCAGAAGAUGAGUUUGAUUAUUGCGACUCUGAAUUGGAUCAGGCCAUGGCCAGAACAGCUCCUCCAGGCAUUUUUCGUCGCGGCUAAAUGCAUAUGGUUGUUGCAUUUGCUCGCGUUUUCAUUCAAUCCGGCACUUGGGAUUAUUAGAGUUGAAGAGAACAGGACGUUUGAUCCUCAUUACAUGGAAGAUAUCUUCAUGGAUAAGCAAAAAGCUCAAGGUGGUAGUAGGGUUAAGAUCAUGGUAAUGCCAGGAUUUUAUGUGCAUGAUAGAGUACUUAGAUGUAAAGUUCUUUGCCGGUAUAAGUCUGUGCGAAGUUAAGUCAUCAUUCUUCAGAAAUGUAUGGAUGCUAAUAUGACCUGUAAUUUCAUCUGUUGGUUCUUAUUAGUUAUUACCAUGAGUGCAUUUCUAGUAAUCCAAACGCUGCAGUGAAUGAGGAAGGUAGUUGAAAAUGCUUAUAACUUUUGGUCUUACUGUAUAGCAUCUGACUAACUUUUGAUGGAUAAAUUAGGAGAAACGAUACGGAUAGGUGGAUGGAGGGUUGGAGUUUAGACUUAAGAGAUUGUUAUUACUAUGAGAGUAUAAGGUUGGAGUUUCACAUCCCCUUUGGGCAAAAAUGAAAUUAAGCACACCUUAGCUAAAUGUUGAAGCUUUUUUUUACCUAAAUUUUGAGAAAAUACUACGUUG